UCCUGCCUGGCCGGUCGGGCCACUGGAGACGCUCUACCCGAAGCGCAGCUCUCGAUGAGCCGCGCCCUGCGUCCUCACGCCGAGGCGGCCGGGCGAUGCGCUUGCGCACUGAUCGUUCACACCAUAUGUGCCCUGUCCCAGUGCGCGGGUCUGUGGAGAGCCGGGUGCGAGCGGCGGCAGCGCGGUGGGAACCGUGCCGAGUGGAGCCCAGAGUCGGCGGGGGGACAGUGGGUCUGUGAGAGACCGAAUAGAGGGGCUGGGGUCACGAGCGCCUCUGACAAGCGAUGGGGAAGAAACAGAAAAACAAGAGCGAAGACAGUGCCAAGGAUGACAUUGAUCUUGAUGCCUUGGCUGCAGAAAUAGAAGGGGCUGGUGCUGCCAAGGAACAGGAACCUCAAAAGUCAAAGGGAAAAAAGAAAAAGGAGAAAAAAAAGCAGGACUUCGAUGAAGAUGAUAUCCUGAAAGAACUGGAAGAAUUGUCUUUGGAAGCUCAAGGCAUCAAAGCUGACAGAGAAACUACUGGAGUGAAGCCAACAGAAAACAAUGAAGAAGAAUUCACUUCAAAACAAGAUAAAAAAAAGAAAGGACAGAAGGGCAAGAAACAGAGUUUUGAUGAUAAUGAUAGUGAAGAAUUAGAAGAAAAAGAUUCAAAAUCAAAAAAGACUGCAAAACCAAAAGGGGAAGUAUAUUCUGGGAGUGAUGAUGAUGAUGAUUUUAAUAAACUUUCUAAGAAAGCUAAAGGGAAAGCUCAAAAAUCAAAUAAGAAGUGGGAUGGAUCAGAAGAGGAUGAGGGUAACAGUAAAAAAAUUAAAGAACGUUCCAGAGUAAAUUCUUCAGGUGAAAGCGGAGAUGAAUCAGAUGAAUUUUUGCAGUCUAGAAAAGGACAGAAAAAAAAUCAAAAGAAUAAGCAAGGUCCUGAUGUCGAAAGUGGGAAUGAAGAUGAUGACUCCUCUUUCAAAAUUAAGACAGUGGCCCAAAAGAAGGCAGAAAAAAAGGAGCGUGAGAGAAAAAAGCGAGAUGAAGAAAAAGCAAAACUACGGAAGCUGAAAGAAAAAGAAGAGUUAGAAACAGGUAAAAAGGAUCAGAGUAAACAAAAAGAUUCUCAAAAGAAAUCUGAAGAGGAAGCUGUAAAAUCCAAAGUGACAUUUGAUACUGGAGUAACCUCUGCCUCUGAAGAGAAAGGAGAGAUUCCCACAGCUGCAGAAGAUGACAAUGAAGGAGACAAAAAGAAAAAAGAUAAGAAGAAAAAAAAGGGGGAAAAGGAAGAAAAAGAGAAAGAAAAGAAAAAAGGACCUAGUAAAGCCACUGUUAAAGCUAUGCAAGAAGCACUAGCUAAGCUUAAAGAAGAAGAAGAAAGACAGAAGAGAGAAGAGGAAGAACGUAUAAAACGACUCGAAGAAUUAGAAGCCAAGCGUAAAGAAGAGGAACGAUUGGAACAAGAAAAAAGAGAAAGGAAAAAGCAAAAAGAAAAGGAAAGAAAAGAACGCUUGAAAAAAGAAGGGAAACUUUUAACUAAAUCCCAGAGAGAAGCCAGAGCCAGAGCUGAAGCUACCCUUAAACUUCUACAAGCUCAGGGUGUUGAAGUGCCAUCAAAAGACUCUUUGCCAAAGAAAAGGCCAAUUUAUGAAGAUAAAAAGAAGAAAAAAAUACCACAGCAGCUAGAAAAUAAAGAAGUGUCUGAACCAGUGGAAUUAAGUGCUACUGUGGAAGUUGUGGAACAAGGAGUACCAGAAAAGGAAGAGACACCACCUCCUGUUGAACCAGAAGAAGAAGAAGAAACUGAAGAUGCUGGAUUGGAUGAUUGGGAAGCUAUGGCUAGUGAUGAGGAGAGAGAAAAAGAAGGAAACACAGUUCAUAUAGAAGUAAAAGAAAACCCUGAAGAGGAGGAGGAAGAGGAAGAAGAAGAAGAGGAAGAAGAAGAGAGUGAAGAGGAAGAGGAAGAGGAGGGAGAAAGUGAAGGCAGUGAAGAUGAUGAGGAAGAUGAAAAGGUGUCAGAUGAGAAGGAUUCAGGGAAAACAUUAGAUAAAAAGCCGAGUAAAGAAAUGAGCUCAGACUCUGAAUAUGACUCUGAUGACGAUCGAACUAAAGAAGAAAGGGCUUAUGACAAAGCAAAACGGAGAAUUGAGAAACGGCGACUUGAACAUAGUAAAAAUGUAAAUACUGAAAAGCUAAGAGCCCCUGUUAUCUGUGUACUUGGACAUGUGGACACAGGGAAGACAAAAAUUCUAGAUAAACUUCGUCACACGCAUGUUCAAGAUGGUGAAGCGGGUGGUAUUACACAGCAAAUUGGGGCCACCAAUGUUCCUCUCGAAGCUAUUAAUGAACAGACUAAGAUGAUUAAAAAUUUUGAUAGGGAGAAUGUGCGGAUUCCAGGAAUGCUGAUUAUUGAUACUCCUGGGCAUGAGUCUUUCAGUAAUCUGAGAAACAGAGGAAGCUCUCUUUGUGAUAUCGCCAUUUUAGUUGUAGAUAUUAUGCAUGGUUUGGAGCCCCAGACAAUUGAAUCCAUCAACCUUCUCAAAUCUAAAAAAUGCCCCUUCAUUGUGGCACUCAAUAAGAUUGACAGGUUAUAUGAUUGGAAAAAGAGUCCUGACUCUGAUGUAGCUGCUACUUUAAAGAAGCAGAAAAAGAAUACAAAAGAUGAAUUUGAGGAACGAGCAAAGGCUAUUAUUGUGGAAUUUGCACAGCAGGGUUUGAAUGCUGCUUUGUUUUAUGAGAAUAAAGAUCCCCGCACUUUUGUGUCCUUGGUACCUACCUCUGCACAUACUGGUGAUGGCAUGGGAAGUCUGAUCUACCUUCUUGUUGAGUUAACUCAGACCAUGCUGAGCAAGAGACUUGCACACUGUGAAGAGCUGAGAGCACAGGUGAUGGAGGUUAAAGCUCUCCCAGGGAUGGGCACGACUAUAGAUGUUAUAUUGAUCAAUGGGCGUUUGAAGGAAGGAGAUACAAUCAUUGUUCCUGGAGUAGAAGGGCCCAUUGUAACUCAGAUUCGAGGCCUUCUCUUACCUCCUCCUAUGAAGGAAUUACGAGUGAAGAACCAGUAUGAAAAGCAUAAAGAAGUAGAAGCAGCUCAGGGGGUAAAGAUUCUUGGAAAAGACCUGGAGAAAACAUUGGCCGGUUUACCCCUCCUGGUGGCUUAUAAAGAAGAUGAAAUCCCUGUUCUUAAGGAUGAAUUGAUCCAUGAGUUAAAGCAGACACUAAAUGCUAUCAAAUUAGAAGAAAAAGGAGUCUACGUCCAGGCAUCUACACUGGGGUCUUUGGAAGCUCUACUUGAAUUUCUGAAAACAUCAGAGGUGCCCUAUGCUGGAAUUAACAUUGGCCCAGUGCAUAAAAAAGAUGUUAUGAAGGCUUCAGUGAUGUUGGAACAUGAUCCUCAGUAUGCAGUAAUUUUGGCCUUUGAUGUGAGAAUCGAGCGAGAUGCACAAGAAAUGGCUGAUAGUUUAGGAGUUAGAAUUUUUAGUGCAGAAAUUAUUUAUCAUUUAUUUGAUGCCUUCACGAAAUAUAGACAAGACUAUAAGAAACAGAAACAAGAAGAAUUUAAGCACAUAGCAGUAUUUCCCUGCAAGAUGAAAAUCCUCCCUCAGUACAUUUUCAAUUCUCGAGAUCCAAUAGUGAUGGGGGUCACUGUGGAAGCAGGUCAGGUGAAACAGGGGACACCCAUGUGCGUCCCAAGCAAAAAUUUUGUUGACAUUGGAAUAGUAACAAGUAUCGAAAUAAACCAUAAACAAGUGGAUGUUGCAAAAAAAGGACAAGAAGUUUGUGUCAAAAUAGAACCUAUCCCUGGUGAAUCACCCAAAAUGUUUGGAAGGCAUUUUGAAGCUACAGACAUUCUUGUCAGUAAGAUCAGCCGGCAGUCCAUCGAUGCACUCAAAGACUGGUUCAGAGAUGAAAUGCAAAAGAGUGACUGGCAGCUUAUUGUGGAGCUAAAGAAAGUAUUCGAAAUCAUCUAAUUUUUCCAAAUGGAGCAGGAAUUGGAAUAAAUACAAUACUAUGUUGUAAUAUCCCAACAAAAAACAAGACAAAAAAUGGAACAGAUGUAUCUGGACACUGAUGGACUUAAGUAUGGAAGGAAAAAAAUAGGUGUAUAAAAUGUUUUCCAUGAGAAACCAAGAAACUUACACUGGUUUGACAGUGGUCAAUUACAUGUCCCCACAGUUCCAAUGUGCCUGUUCACUCACCCUGCCCCCCUUUCCCACUUGGCUGCUGUUUUAAAGUUUGCCCUUCCCCAAAUUUGGAUUUUUAUUACAGAUCUAAAGCUCUUUCGAUUUUAUACUGAUUAAAUCAGUACUGCAGUAUUUGAUUAACCAAGCUUCUGCAGAUUUUGUGAUUCUUGGGACUUUUUUGAUGUAAGAAAUACUACUUUAUUUAUGCAUAUUCUUCCCACAGUGAUUUUUCCAGCACUCUUCUGCCAUAUGCCCCUUAGGAAUUUUUUAAAAUAGAAAAUUAGGCAUUCUGAUAUUUAUCUGCUUUGUGUGAAACCAUGGUGUAAAGCACAGCUGGCUGCUUUUUACUGCUUGUGUAGUCGUGAGAGUCCAUUGUAAUCAUCACAGUUCCAAACUACCAAUAAAGAAAACCCGUAAGCUCUGUUAGGCUUCCAUGUUAGUGUAGCUUCUCCCCCUUGAGUCCUCAGGACAAGCAAGUAUUACCUUACCCAACUAUCACACUACCAUGUAUACCAGCAUAUGGUUACAGUAGGGAUUUUUAUACAUUAAUCUUGGUCUGUUUUGUCAUAGAAAAGUCUAUCAUGCAUACAUUUUCUGGUAUUUUGGCUUAUUGCUUCUUUCUAAAUUGUUGCAGAGACACCAUAAUGAUUUAUUUGUAGUAGUAAUCUAAUUGUAGCUAGUUUUAUGGUUUUCACAAAGAAAGUAGGGAGUGGGUCCAAGUGAGCUCUUUUCCCCUGCCCUUUAGAAACCUGCUAGAUAUUAGGUCGUACUCCCUGUGUAUAGCACAGUGUUGAAGUCAAUGUGGAGUGUGUGAGAAAAAAAGUUCCAAGUAUUCACUAAUAUUAGAAAAUUAUAAACUAUAUUUUUUAAGUGUUAUGGCAUAACAUAUAACAAAAUAUUUUAUAUAUGUUUGAAAAUCUGUACCAUUCUUAUCAAAGUUUCUCAAGGGCCAGUAGAGGCAGACAAUACCAUCUCUCAAUUAUCUGUGGGAUAUAGUGUUCCCAGGAAAAACUUAAUCUUCAAAUGGGUGUGGGAGUGUUCUAAUUUAAAAUAUGUAAAUUUCUCCACAUGGAAGAAGUAAAGAUUUUUCUUAACA